AUGGUGAAAGAACUUGAAGACAUUGCACCUCCUGAAAAUGAAGGUUCUCACGAUAUCUUGUACUCAGAGGUACAAGCAGCAAUAAGUUCAUUAAAAAGAAAUAAGAGCCCAGGAUCAGACGGGAUAACAGCGGAGAUGCUGCAAGCUGGAGGCGAACCGCUAUCACGCGAAAUCCACAAACUCUGUAACAAAGCAUGGCACGAAGGUACAAUUCCAGAAGAAUGGGGCAAAUCUAUAUUGGUACCUAUUCCGAAGAAAGGAGACCUCAAUUUUCAAAAAGCAUUCGAUACGAUCAAACAUAAAAUUAUUUGGGCUAUGCUAAGAUCCUAUGGUGUCGAUGUAAAGAUGAUCACCUUGCUACAAAACAUCUACGAGAAGUCGCAGUCAGCUGUUCGAAUUGGUACAGAUUAUGGAGAGUGGUUCCGAACAGAUGUAGGUACUAGACAAGGCGACCCUCUGUCACCACUCCUCUUCAUCGCAUAUCUCGAGCGAGUAAUGGAUCAGGUGAGGCAGAGCACCUGCGGAAUCAAUAUCAGCGGAACAGUAAUAAAUAACCUAAGAUUCGCCGAUGAUAUUGACCUCAUUGAUGAAGACAAUAGCUCACUUCAACGCCAAGUAGAGCUAACCAAAACAGCUGCUGAACAAGCUGGACUGAUCUUGAAUAUAAAUAAGACCAAAACGAUGGUUUUUGGAGACAGGAAUAUCGACAACAGUAUGCAAUGGACAGGAGCUGUUCCAUCUUGCGCAAGACCGACAAGCGUGGAAGAAUCUGAUCCCGUAAAAUGGUUGGCCCCAACGGGCGCUAAGCCUAUGGGACAUGAUGAUAUAUAA